GAUAGAUGUGUGGUGAUAUCUAGACCAUGACUCAACUUCUGUUCAACAUUGUUCUCGCCAGGUGAAGGAUACGUUACAAAGAUGGGAAAGGUCACGGGUUGGUCGAUUGUAUUUGACGGCAACCAAAAAGUUUACCGACCUGGAGAAACGGUUUCAGGACAAGCCGUGAUUAAGGUUGAAGGUCAAAUCAAUGUCAAGGGCGUUUACAUUGGCUGCUACGGCCUGUCCUUAACUAAAUGGUCAAGGUUGUUCCAGAGGUCAACAGAGGAGGACAGCAUGACCUUAGAGACAUACGUCAGCAGAAACAUCCGGGUAGUUGACCAGAACACCGUGCUGGAUGCAGGUGAAGCCCGGUACAAGUUCAGCUUCCCCCUGCCCUCACAAGGCCUGCCCUCGUCGUUUGAGGGAGAGUUUGGUGCCAUCCGCUACUUCAUCAAGUUGGAGCUGGACAAACCGUUUCCUGCCAUCAACGACCGCUAUUACACCUGCUUCACGGUGCUGGCAUACAUCAACGUCAAUGACGUCAUCUACCGCAAAAGCGUGAGUGGCCGAGUAGAGAAAAGUCUGAGCAAAGCUUUAGGUCUCGGCACCGCGGGUCAUCUCCGUCUGGCUGCAUCGCUGGACAGGUCGGGCUACUGCCCCGGGGAACAGAUUUUUGUCAAUCUUGAAGCCAGUAAUGAAAGUACAAAAGACUGCGGCCUAGUGAAAGCCAGUUUGGUGCAGUUGGUCAGAUUCACAGCCAGCAGCGAGAGCAAGACCAGCACCACGGUCAUACGCUGCGUUCUUGGUGCCAGACUUGCAAAAGACAGCAAAGUUGUGUGGCAGCAACAGCCGGUGUUUGUUGAUGCUGUCCCACCCAGUAGCAAACAGCUGACCUGUCAAAACAUCAAGGUGACCUAUGCCCUGGUGGUGUGUAUUGAGGUGCCCUUAGGUCUGGACCUGACCUUGACCCUGCCCAUUAAACUGGGAACCGUCCCACUGGGAGUCUCUCUCCCCGACCCGACCACACCCAGAGACCCGGGGCAGCGCCAGGCCGCCCCCUCCAGGGCCCUGUGUUACGUCCCCUGUCAGGCUGGCCUCCAGACAUUUGACCAGAGCCACGGGCCGUUUGUUUACCUCAGUCGUCACGCUCCCAUGACAGUGUAUGUCGACCAGAAAUCCGCCGCUAGGGGGGGCGCAGCUGCUCUCCAGACCACGCCCAGUUGUGCACCUCCCCAUAACAUGAACACAAGUGACAGCCUUUUAGCUGCAGCUAGAGAUGAAGCCGCCACAACUAAAGGCGCUGAAGCCGCCACAACGAACCUUUGUCCAACAGCACCGCCUUUAAACAACGGAGGUGCGGCUCCCCCGACCUACGAGCAGGCAGUAGCCAGCGCCCUGACGCCCUACUUACACCAGCCCGGAAAGGGGUGCGUGUUGAUGCUUGUCUUCCAGGAGACGGACGCCGAGCAGGUCAGGCAAUGUUUCAGACAGAACCUCCCGAACUUGAUGCUGCACAAGGGGACAAUUCUUUCCUACAGCCUACAGUUGCAGGUUCUCCCGCCCUCAUCUACGUCUGCCAUCUUCCUGCACUUCCAAUCUGCGCCGACCGGUUUAAGCUGGUUUCAGAACAUGAAGCUGUAUGACCCGGCCUUGACCUCGCGCUGGUGGGUCAUGUUGGGAGAGAACAAGCUUGACCUUGGCUCGCCGGGUCGCCUGCAGGACUACACCGCGGCCUCUCUGGUGCUCAUGCGGCGCCAUCUUGCCUUCAGGCCAGACAGGAACUACACGGAACUCAGGCAACGUCUGCUCAAACAAAGUUUGAACCCGACCAAAAAAAGAUUUGGCGGGAAAACUGUGUUAUCGUCUGCUAACGUGACCUUCCUCAGCGGAGAUUGGUCGGAGUUUCCCGCCAAAAGUGAGGAGCUGACGAUGGUUUACGUCCAGUGGCCAAGCGUGCAAGACAGCGUCCAGUACAGGCAAGCUUUCCGCACCGAUCCAGACUUGGUCCAGUACAAGCAGCUGACCCAGGCGGCCUACACGACCAUUUUUACCUGCGGGUUCGCCGUCGGUGACGUCAACACUUUGACAGAUUUACAUCUGUGACAGAUUUAACCGUGUGACAGAUUACAUAAGUGACAUUUCAAGAGAAAAUUUUGUUCUUAAAAAUCUCAAUCCAUGUUAAAAAUAUUAAAUAUCUUAAAAAUAAAAUCCCAGAACGUUCUAGAAAUAUUUACAUUCUAGUUUUCUAAC